CCUAAAGAGAAGAAUUAGCCACCGCAUGCGCAAAGUGAAAGCGCACAACCCAAAAAUUAUUUCUGUUUGGCUUGUUUGGUUUGUCUUUAAUUUAAUUUGUUGUAAAUGGCUAAAUAAAUGGAAUAUAUCCGCUAUGCUGUGGAAAAUGAUUUUGUUUUGAUCUUUGCUGCAUGGUGUACAUAUGGUUGUUAUACUUUGCUGUUAGCUCUUGUCUUGUCUAAUAAACGGCAAGUGACUUCAAACUUUUAUAACAAUAAUUGUCUACUAAUUUUAUUUGUAGGUGAUAUAGGAAGCUUUAAGAUAAUUUAUGAAUUGAGGAACAUAUUGGGAUUAAAUCUUUUAAAAUGGACCAGGACAAUCAAGACGAAGAAUGUCUCACACUUAUUCCUGAUUUAUAUAAAAUAUGUCGUUCUUGCCUUAAUAAAAAUGGGUCAAUCAAUCUAUUUCGUACGGAGUAUAAAGGAAUACUGUUAUGCGACUUAUUUUCAGUGUUUUGCAAAGUAGAUGUGAAAGAAUCUGAUGGUUUUCCUCAAAAUAUUUGUGAGGAUUGUGCUGAUUUUAUUAUACAAUGUUACAUAUUCAAAGAAAAAGUGCAAAGUUCCCACUUAGCUCUAGAAGAUGCUUUAGAUAAAAAAAAUUAUUUCCUUAAGAAUAAAACACAACAAGUAUCAAAAAAUGAUUGUAGAGAUAACACUUAUGCAAUAGAAGAAACAUUAGAUAUUAUCACUAAAGAAGAAGUAGAAGAAGUGGAAGAAGAAGAAGAGUUUCUUCAAAAUGAUGAAUGUUUUACAGAUAAUUCACAAUCUUCUAAAUGUGAAAUUCCAGAUAAUGCCAAAACUACAAAAAUUGAUAACAAUAACACUCUUACUUGCUCAUUUUGUAGAAUAAGAUUUACUUCUGAAUCCAUCUACACAUUACAUAUGGAUAAGGAGAAUGAAUUAAGAAAGGAAGAAACUUGUAAAGUAUGUGACCAGUUAGUUUCUAAACCAAAAUUAAAAGUGCACGUUCAAGAACAUGCAAAAAAUAAUGAAAUUGUAUGUAAAGUAUGCAGCAGGACUUUUUCUCACCCUUGGCAUUUGGCAAGACACUUGCCCAUUCAUUUUAAAAAAUUGAAAGAGCAAUGUCACGUUUGUGGUAAAACCAUUAAUAAACAAAACAUGGAAGAUCACAUAAGGAAUCAUUAUGGUGAAAAAACUAUUUCAUGCGAAAUUUGUGAUGAAAAAUUUGUAACAAGUAAAGCAUUAUUGAGGCACAAGUAUGAACAUAAAUUAGCAACUGGCGAAGUUAAACCUCAAAUAUGCAAAAUAUGUGGCAAAGUUGUAAAGAGAAGAAGACUUUCGACCCAUAUGGCGAGUCAUAAAAGAAGAACUUUGUGUAAUGAAUGUGGUAAAGAAUUUACAGAACGAGGCAACUUAAAAAGGCAUAUCGAAAACGUACAUAGGAAAAUUAGACCUCACAAGUGUCAUAUAUGUAACGCAGCCUUUGGCCAGAAAACAUCAUUAAUGGAUCAUUUGAGAGUUCAUACAGGAGAAAGGCCAUUUUUAUGUUCCGAAUGUGGUAAGACAUUUAAGCAGAUCAAUUAUUUGAAAACGCACAUAAAGAAUAAACAUAUGGAUACUAUUGAUUCCAAAGGAAGGAAAAUACCCAAAGAGGAUCCCGAUAAACUUGUUUGUACUUGUGAGUAUUGUGGCAAGAAAUUUGACUACCCUCAUCGACUGAAGAUACAUAUGCAACAACAUUCUGGAAACAGGCCUUAUAGUUGCCAUUUAUGCCACAAGACUUUCAAACAGAACAAUUCACUUCAAGUUCACUUACAAUAUCACGAAGACAGUCAAGUUUUCUGUUGCGAUCUGUGUCCGAAAUCCUACAUAUCCUUAGUUGCAUUAAAAUUGCAUCGUGCUAAAAUGCACACACAUAGACAACAUUAUUACAAGGAGAAAAAAGGAGCUGAAAAUGAUUUGGAGAAACCGUACGCUUGUCCCGGCUGUCCAAGAAAAUUUAUGUAUAGAUGGAAUUUGAAAAAACACGUCAGAGUUCAUGAAAAAGAAAAUCGGUUUAGUUGUGAUAUUUGUUUCGAGAUUUUUAGUGAUUCUGAAAAAGUAGAAAUGCACAAAACCGAUAUGCAUGAAACAGAUGUGCAAGAAAUAGUACAAGACGAUCAUUUAGCUGAUUCUUCUGAGGAUAGUAAUUUAUAUGAGUAAUGUACAUUCGUUUUUAAAAUAUGAUUCGAUUUUUAAAAAUUAUUUUUUUUUUUUAACUUUACUGAUCAUCUAAUUACUUGUUAAAUCUAAUCUAUUACUUUUAUCUAAUGGAAAUUGUUCUAUCACAUUCCUUACAAAUUCGAUAUCAUUGUUGUUUAAUGUAAUUUUUAAAUGUGAACUUUCUUUCAAAAAUUAAGGU